GCGGAACGAAAGUUGUAUAACCAAACCCCCUUCAGCAUACGAAGACGACGCAAUAAUUAAUAAUUCGUUCGGUCUAUCCCUUGUCACAAAUCAUGGCUUCCUCUCGACGACUGGUUCAAAUCUUGGCAACUCGCGCAAAUCAUAGUUCUCUCACUUCACAGUCAUCUAGAACUCAAUCUUUCAUAUCAUCCCGGAUACGUCCAUUCACUGCAUCCCGACUUCCUGCAUGCCGCCCAAAUCCUCCGCCGCUCCUCUCCUCACAAUUUUGCAGAUACAACACAACAUCCACUAGACCUCCAAAGCCUCUCACAGAUAGCAAACCUGCGACCCCCGAAGAUGCCGCGCAGAAUGCCCGACGCCGCGCAGAAGAGCGCGCGUUUCAAAUUACAUUCACUUGCAAGCCAUGCGGCCACCGCUCAUCACAUCGUAUCUCGCAACACGGUUACUAUAAAGGCACAGUGCUUAUUUCUUGCCCAGGUUGCAAGAAUCGACAUGUCAUCAGCGACCAUCUGAACAUCUUCAUGGAUAAAAAGUCUACGCUAGAGGAUAUCUUGUCGGAGCACGGACAGACGCUUUUGAAGGGGAAGCUGGACGGUGAUAUGGAGUGGUGGGAAGACGGCACCGUAAGGGCUGUUGCAAGCGGCCCUGCGAGUGACGUACAGGGGCAGACCGGCCAGACGGCUCAGCAACAAGACAAUGCCGGUGUUGCACAGGGGCAGGAACGGACUCAGGAGCAGAAGCAAGAGCCGGAUGAAAUCAAGCAACCGGGACAUAGAUAGCACCAACCUUGACUUCCCCUUUAGGGUGUCAUUAUAUAGGCUAUGAAUAUUUAUAUUUACAGAGGGUACACGUUCGACUAUGUAUGUACUAUAUAACAAUACAUUGCACACGAAUAAUUGGGAUAUAAAACGCCGCUUCGUCUUGUCACCUGAUAAAAUUUCAGACCAGUUUUUUAGCCUAUAUUAUCCCAAACAUCACACAUACUUCCCAAGUGCCACAAAAAAGAAAACGGAUAAAAAUGCAAUAUACUAAAGUUAUCGUAAACACGAAGAAAAUAAUUCACCAGCCACGUCUCCGAUCUUGAUAUUCUGCGCCCUUUUCCUUCCUCUUCUCUCGCUUCCGGUCAUUCUUCCUCUUCUUUUCUCUGCCGAACUUCUCAGGAUCAGCAACAGCUUCGAUGCGCCUCUUAACUCUUCUACCCUCCCGUCUUGACUUGACACUCUCACGAACCGCCGCCAUUUGCGUCACGAAAUCAGUCGUACCUAACUUCUUCUGUAACAAAUCGAGGAUCUCCUGGCUGCUGCUAACAAGGGCUUUGUAAGUAGCCUGGAACUGCUCAUCGAGGGAGCGAGGCGCAGGGAUCGAUGGGUCGGUUAGAUGUAUUAACGGAAGAAGGAUUGUCUGGAGGGACGGAGUAAUUUGAGCGACGUCAAGAUGAGUGCAGAGAGCUGCGAGAAGUUUCAUGCAAGCCGUUUUAUUGAUUAAAGAGUCUGCACGGGUGGUUCGAGGCUCUCGUCGAAGGAUGGCAGCAGCUCGUUCGAAAAUAUAUUCAAUUGCUGGCUUGUUUUGCUUUGCGGAAUUCACCGUAGCUGGGUCAAUGUUGUCUUCAUCGUCGCUGUCGUCGCUGAAAUCACCAGCCAGCUCCUCAGCCUUCUUCGAAAACGCAAGGUUAUUCUGGCUGAAGCAGCGUCCUAAGAACACCAGAUUCCGGAUUGUCUGAGUUGCGAGAUCUUCGGAAAUAGUGGUUGAUUUCAGACAUAGCAGACUGGCUCGCGUAAUAUCUAACAUCAUGCAGCCUUCGAGCUUAAGACCAGAUGCGCCGAUGAGUGGGACAGAGCCAUAACCAGUAACGGCAUUUCCUUUCGCUUCGUCUGCAAGCCAUAUUCCAAUUAAAUUUGCUGCGCAUGACUUGAUCCACGCGUGUGGAUAGAAGAGGCUUUCGCAAACAUAGCGCCAGAUGUUCUCGCAAUCCUCGGACAUGGCAACCGCUGGAUAGAGCUGGCAUAGUUUUGUAAAGAGCUGUAGCGAAUGGUAGAGGACUUCCCACUCUUCCCCUUCGCAGUUCUCCACUGCGGGGCCAAGGAUUCGAGGCAAUAAAUCCGUAACAAAACGCAUUUCGCCUUCUUUAUUGUUCCUAUGCGACUCAAAGAAUAUCCUGAUCGCUUGUAACCCAGUGGCAGUGAGCAGUGUGUUUUGGGAUUGCUCCAACCAGGAGCGAAGAGGAGAGAGCAUAGACUUUAGCUGCUCUGAAUCAGCACGGCUGAAGAGAUCAUUAAGAAGAACACCAGCCAUCUCUCGACAUUCAACUGCCUCAUCAUUAGACAUUACCAUUACCACUGGCACAAAAAAGUUACCCACAAUAUCCUGAGCAGGGUCGCCAUUGGUCUUGGAGAGAAGAAGAUGAACUGCUUCCAUAACGGACUGACGGCCUUCUUUAUGUUGAUAGUCAAGGUUUUUGGCGAGGAAUCCAAGUUGCUUCGUCCACCUGCUUUUAGCUUGAGGGUAUUCAAUCAUAAAGUGUAUAAAGACACCUCUUGCGAGAUCGCGAGCACUUCUUGUGUGGUUUGUUACCAUCAUCGCAGCAACAUUAUCGACAAGCUCGUACAUCUCGGGAACAAUAAAUUUGCGAGACAUCACUGCCCGAAUGAAAUUGAAAGCCACUCCUUGACGGUCAGGCUCCUCGAUGUCAGCAGCUAUUCGUUUCAACAAAUAGCCCAGGUGGGAGUCCUUGAGCUUUGUACUCUUACGCUCGCGUAGGAUGGAAGCGAUGAGCUUCAAGGCAGCUUGGGCAGCUUCGGUAUUUGUGUUCGGAGCUUCUUUGACCAACUUAAUAGCUUCCAUUAGAUAUACAUCAGAGUUUCUAUCGAGCUCGGAAAGUGGGACUUUGAUGAUCGUGGAUAUGAGUCUAAUGGCAGACAGUUUGACCUCCUCAUAGCUCUGUAGCAAUGCAUCUCCAAUAAUGGGAAGGAACCCUGCAACGUUGGCGGCUGUCAUGAGAGAUUGGUACUUAUUUAGCACGGAGCGGAGAACAUCAAGUCCGAAGCGAGAAAGCUUGUAGGAAUAGGAAGAUGUGCUUCCUCGAUUCAUACGGUUCCUCGGGUUAAGCAAAUUGACGAUGAAACGGGCCCUGUUACCUUGCUCCUGUGUUUCAAUUUGUGGUGUGUCUGCUUUGUAUGACUCCUUUAUCACCUCGUAGCAGAAAACCAAAAGAUCACGGCUUUCAGCUCCAGGAUUCCGCAGCAGGCCGACACCGAUCCGUCUAAGCAGUUCGUCGACUUUUCUGAUGAUGGUAGCCGUAAGUUUCUCUCGCAAAAGCGCUUGCACUGGGUUAAUAAGAGCCGAGAGAUGGCGGAUUGUCGAUAUUUUCGCGAGUAGCUCCAUUGAAUCAUAGCUUUUGUUACUCUUUACCUCCUUCAUUUUGCUCACGUACUCCUCGGCGUCCUUCUCUUGGCCGACGGUGCCGAAAAUAUCAUCCAUCACCACGGCUGCUAGUGCGUCGAGACUGUGAUCGAGGUCACCAGGCUCGAAAUGGUCGCUGGUGGCUACAAGAAUCGAAUGGACUGUAAAGGACAGCACAUGGAGUUGGUAUCCUCUUGUUAACGUGCUCCGCAAUUCUCUCAGAAUAUAUCCAAAGUAAGAAGGUCCAAGAAUAAGCGCGACAUCAGCGAGUGUUUUUCUGGCCAUAUCCCUAGCAUCCUGAGACCGACUUCUAAGAACGUUCGAUAGGUCUAGCAGUACCGAUGGGAGAAGAAGUGCCAUUUCAUCCUUAGGAAGAAGUUUGAGUAACUUAACAGUUAUGACUGCGACUGGGACACGGAGAUGAACUUCGGAUUCAUCCUUCUGGUGUACAAACUCGGAUAAGAAAGGGAUGAAGUUGGUUUUCAGUUCUGUCCCGAUGCGAGCCUCCGCAGGCAAAGUCUUCGAGAGCGUGCUUUUAAUCGUAGACUCUUUCUCAAUUCCUUCCAUUUCUCCAUCCCCAGCAACCGGCUGUUCUUCUUUAUCAAUACUCAUUGCUCGAGACAAGCCAUCGGUCAUCUGUCCUAGAAGACGUAUAACGUUCUUUUCCAUCCCAGGGCGACUUCGUACAUAUCCCUUGUAUCGGCGGAAUAUCGCUCUAAACUGGCUCCACUCCAGCCCUUCAGACAGCACCCCAAUAGCUGUAACUGUCUCCGCGGCCAGGUUAUGGGCACUAUCGUCUUCUGCCUGAUCAAACACAUAAUGUUCAAUAAGAGGUAAGAAAAAGGAGCUAAUAUUUGAUGACUCAAACUUUCCUUGUCUAGCCUCAGUAGCCAGUCGCCGCAAGGCACGAAGACGACGAUGUUGUUGAAUAUGGAGAAUAUUAUUGAAAAACGAUGCCUCUUCAUCCCCACCUGCUAGUAAGUCCACCAUGUCGGUCACGGCCCGAUGGUUCGGGUUAUGCGUUAUGAAAUAACCCAAGACAGAGACGAACUCGGCCCGAACUGUCUCGGCAGGGUGUUUUGCUCCGUUCCUCAACGCAGGCAACAAAGCUUUCUCGAGCAAAAAUGAGUAGUCUUCGCUAUCACCCUCUGGUUUUGAACCCACGCUCUCGAUAAACCUUUUCAGUCCAAAUGAUGAACUUGAUCGAAUUGCAAGUUCCUCCUCGUCUUUAACAUGGUAUAGAAGAUUGAAUAACAGCGGGCGCCAUUGCCUAGCUGUGAACUCCUUGUACUUCUGUUCGUUUAUUGUGUUAAAUGCCCUAAGCCGUCGGUCGAAAUCUAAUUCAUCAAGAUUUUUCUCUGAUAUAGCGUUGAGGUCUGCACAUAAUUCGGCAACACCUUUUAGGUCCACUUCGUGGUUUGCAAAUGCAGACAACACGGAUGAGAGCAUAGCACGGUUCGGGUUAUCUUUGAAGUAAUCGAAUAGGGAGGAAAUUACUUCAAAGAUUCGCUGGUUGAGGUCCACAUUUUGGCGUGGAUCAUAUAGGGGGAGGAAAUGAUGCAUAACACGCAGAAGUCCGCUUUUGGCUUUGGGGGGUACUCGAUCUGCAGGUUCGUUAAGGAGAAAUGUAGCCGUACUAAUUAGUUUCGUGGUUUCUUGCGAUGACUGGACAAACGGCGCGAGUUUAGAUAGGGUCUCAAUUGCAGCCAUCGUAAGUUGCCGCGUAGAUUGAUUCCUGAGCAGGGAUUCGACAUGUGUCAAUAUGUAUUCAACAUUGGGUGCCAGCACUUUAGACCGGAUUAGAUCUGUUGUUGCGGCAUCUGGCAAAUUCUCUGGGUCGUCUGUCUCGCCAUUCGCGCGACUGACGAGGUUGUUAAGAAUUUCAUUCAGAACAAAUAUCUUGACGUCUUCGCGAGCAGAUUCAACGCCAAGGCAGUCAACAAUUCGUUGAAUGACCUGUUGGUCAGCAUGCAGGAAGUAGAGAGCUGACUUGGGGCUGGACGCCCAGGUGUGGAACAGAUGAAGAAGGCCGGACACACUUUGCGCUGUUUCCACGGCGAAAUUUCCUAAUCUUGGGCUGAUGAUCUCGUUUAAAAUCAGGGGUAUAUAUGGAGUCCAAUCAUAAUCGGGCGAAACAGAAAAUAUCAGAUCGAGACAAUGGACACCUGUCUGCCGAGUAUUGCGGAUGAGAGACGAAUGAUUCUCUUCUGAACUGGCAUCGUUCAACUGCCUGCAAGCUCUGACAAGACAGUAUAGAACUACGUUCAUGGAGCGGUCAACGAAAGGUGACAUCUUGGUUUUCAGGGUUUCGAACAUAGUUUCCACCAUCUUCAGAAGGCCAUAUUGCUUUCUAACACCCAUCACCUCCUGAUUGAGGCACUGGCCAUGUCCAGGGUCGGUUUCGAGGACGCGAAUAUCGCUCAGGGGACCAAACGCUAUUUGAACGAAGUGACCAAAGUCGCUUUCAGAGAGUUGGGAUAUUGUUCUUAAAAUGGUCUUUCUGCGUGCCUCUUGGGUCCCCUGUCCACCCCUAGAGCCCCCACGGGCGACAAUCUUGCCAUAUAGAAGUCUCAGCAGAACAGGGAAUAGCUCAGCACGAUGAUUUUCCUUAAUCGUACUAGCCUCCUGGCCAGCAUUUAAGAACACUGAUAGUUCAUCUCGGAAUCUCGCAUCAUCCACAAUAUUCAAAAUGUUCGUCUCGUAAGGUUGAAUUGCAGGUGACUUCCAUGUGAAAAUAGCCUUCAGUGCAGAUUUUUGAAUUUCAGUAUCUCCAUUACCGAGAAGGCCAAGCAAAGCUUCAUGGACCUCUGCUGCUUUGUAUAAAACUUUGGGGUUGACGAAUUUUCCGAAGAUGUCCAGCAUAGCUUUCCGGUCACGCAGAUUCCAGGAAGAAACAGAACUAUCAUCUGUGCCACUUGUACCAGAAGGCUUGGAUUCGUUGGCGGUAGGGAUGUCAUCAUCAUGAGCUGCCCAUAUCAGGAAUAGAGGAACAAAUUGCCGAGAUCGUUUCUCCGCCACUUGAGGUACAGAUCCCAGGACCUUGAGGGCCUGUGUUCGACUAGAAGUAGAACGUUGAGGUUCCGUAACAUGAGCACGCUUGAAAUCUUCUGCGAGCAACGAAUUAGAGUUGCGGGAGUCAGCGAAAGUCGCACACAUAGUUUUCUCGACAUUUGAAACGUUAAAGCAUUCGAAUUCCGACGAAAUAUGCGAUUCAGCGGAUUCUUCUUCGGGGGUAUUUGCAUUGGUUCCAAGCGGACUAGGCUCUUGUAGCCCGCGCAUGGCGAGCUCCGUAACAAUGCUUUCUCCAUUUGGAACCUCGCAAAUUGCCUUGAUUGCCUCACAUGCGUCAUCCCACAGCGACGCGAGCCGUUUAGAUAGCAAACCAAAACAGAAAUUUGGAAUAAUUCGAUCCAACCACUUUUUGGAACACACCGUUGGGUAUGCAAUCGCAAGUUUGCGUACCUGCAUGGAUAGAGCCCUUGAUGCAUGCAGAGUAAGCUCGCUCUGUUCGAUUUCGAUCGCUAUUUCUAUGCAAGUACUGUCGCUAUCGUUCACCCUGGACAAUAAAACUUGGAGAAUCUUGAGUGACAAUUGUCUGAUGUCGUGCGAUGGGCCAGAAAGGUUAUUAAUCAGAGUUGUAGCAAAUGGUUCAAGGUCUGCGUCCGGGACCUGCUCGUAUUUGGUACAAGCAGACAAAUAAGCCAAGGUUGCUUCAAGGAAAACCGGACAAUUUGAGCACUCAGGGCCGUUGGACACUAUCAUACUCCAAAGACCUAAAUCAAGUGAGCCUAGUUCCGUAGCAAGGCGGACGUAAGCCAAAAACCCUUGGCCUCGGGCAAAUGUGACCUGGCCCUCUCCAACGUUGGGGGAGAGUGCCAUAGCAAUCUUUAACCGAUCGUGGAGGCAGUGGGUUAGCUGUGGAAGAAUCGAGGGCUCGGAAGUGAGUGAUAUAGCCUCAUGGAGUUUGGUAUAGGAAUGUAGGAAAGCGAUAUCCUCGGCUGUGGGAUCGAGUUUGCUGAAUCUUUCCACGAUAGCCUCCUUCCAGCCACCAGGGCAAUUUAAAGAUCCGGGCCUGUUAGGUUGAGACGUGACGAAAUGGGCGGCAUGAAGUUUGGGUAAUAUCUGGCAAAGUCCAGAUUCGUAAUCCUUCCAGAACGAAGUAAUGAACCUAAAGCCAAAAUGUCAUAAGAUGUAUCGAAAUGAUAUUUUGAUUCACGAGUCACUUACCGCUGAAAGUAUGGGAGUACAACGCUUUGAAAUCGAUCGGUCCCGAAAGUAGAGAAUAACGAGCAAAACGGGAGGAAGUAGUCCCGCAAUCGGUCGCCGCUAAUUAACUCCAUAAUAGGACGCAUAAACGACAGCAAUUCGUCCAUCGGGGACGUAUGCACGGCAGUCACCACGGAAGCUAAAAGGAGUUGAACUGAAUCCGCCGGGAUAUUGGGCGAUUUAGCGAUGCGACCAAGAAGGGUCAUGAGAGUUUGAUGUACUCUUUUCCAGUUGCUAACUCUAGAACCCUUGCGCGCGGUUACGGCAACAAAAAUCAAGCGGAUGUCAAUCUUCGUCGCUGCAAUGUUACCAUUCGGUUUAGCGGAUCCAAUGUGAUCACAGAUCACAUCAAGCACCGAACCAAAGGUGUUUGAGGAUGUGUGAUGAACCAAAUUAAUUACAACCCCACUAAGAACCUGCUCUGCGAGGGCGCUUUGGGCUUCAUCUUUCACAGCGGCGGCACUGAUUAGGCAACGUAUGAUGUCAGCUCCAUUCGAAUGGAUACCACCAUUCACUCCUUUAAUCGCAUCAGAAAACAUUGACAUAAGGCCUUGUUGGUACAUUGAAAUCUGACGUUCCCCAUCAGUGCUGGCGAGAUCCUCAAAAAGAAACGUAACGGCUCUGUCGAGUGGCGCCUUAUUUUUGUAGUAGACAAGCGCGGCCUUCCGAACCAGGAAGGACAUCGACUCCGCAGCAAAUCUUGUCACAAAGUGUUUUUGCUUUUCCUUCCCAAGGUACGGGGACAUUAUCCCGAGUAGUUGGCGUAAGUCCGGAACAAGGAGGCGGGACAGGAACUUGAAAAUCCAUGCCAGACAUGUAAAACUCCAUUCUAUAACCUCGAUAUUUGGAUGUGUGGCUGCGACGGAGGCCACCAACGUGACGGUCGACGCAAAGUGUCUUUCGAAUCGCUGGCCCAAGUCUCGUGCAAACUGAGCUACAAGACUCAGCAGCGGUUCCAUGCUCAACUCAUCUCUUUUCCCGAUAUACUCGGCCAAUAAUCCCAUUAUUCGAUCUUCAUGAUGCAGAAUCUGCGUGCUCCAGGGAGGCCCUGAAGUACGAAUCGGACUCAGAGUCGCUGUCAUCGCCAACGCUGGCCCGUCGCACACGAUGGAUAGGAUCGAUUUUUAAUUUGGCGACGCGCUGGGAGAAAGACUCGAAUCGGUGGGAUUUUGUCGUAGCUGUGCCCUUCUUUAAGAGCUUGGCAGGCUUGCCCUGGCGCCCAGAAUGUGCUGUCGCCAUGUUGCAGGCUGCCAAAUUGGAAAACGAAGGUGUCUUCAAGAACCAUUGAUACAGCUGGGAAACAUUUUGAAGCUUCAAAAAUAUUUAGGGUUUUAUCGCCGCGGUCAAAUGAUAAUCCGAUCUUAUCUUAUCUGAUGAUGCUUGUAAACCACGUGAUAUCUUGCCCCAAUCUUGGAACUCCACAGCAUUUGCUCUGCGAGGCCUUUAAUUAAUGUCCAUUACCGACAUUCACCUUUUGAGCGCUACUAUUUGUUGGAACAAUUGAGCUGGAAUUCAUGGAGAAAUUCAACCAGGUUUCUGUUAAGUCUCAAUACAGGGUUUGAAAUCUCAUCAGUACACAUACAUAAUUAGAUAAUGCACGCCUGCUCUGUAGACAUGAAACUAGAACACCCAUUUGCGUCAAUCCACCACACAACUUCCAAUCAGUAAGCCACAUAUGUCAAUACUUUUGAGGCAUUCCAAGCCAAAGGAGAGCUCGUUACAAUACCAGGAUAGUGUACCAAGAAGCUCCGAUACAAGCUGCCUGUAUGCUGUCGUGUGUUUGUGCAUGUGGGUGGGUUGCAUAUCGGAUCAGUGUGUUUUUAACCCCACAGUUUGGCAGCAGUUGUUCCCUUGUACCCUAUAUUUGGAUAAUCUACGAGAUACGUCAGAAUUUAAUCUGUAUACUCCAGACCAGGGCUCUCUCUUUAGAGUGAAG